CAAAGUUGACCGGCAGGGCUGUCACGUCUUUGUUGCCUCUGUUGCACCGCAUAUGUGCAUCGAAUAGCGGGAUAGAUGGAACAAUAACAGCUACACGUACAGAAGACGCUCAUUCAAACCCUCGCCCGCAACAGUCCAACCACCCAAAAGAUGGAAGACAAGCUGAAUGGAUUCCCUGUUGUGUCCCCGGAGUAUCUUCAACAGUGGGUUCAGUCUGCACAGCAGUUUCAAGCUCUCCAGGCCCAAUAUUCAGGCUUCAACCACAACCAUCAGUCUCACUACCCAGAGGGGCCGACGGGAGAGACGGCCAUGGCACACAUGGCUUAUCCAGAACCCAUGAUGGAUCAGCAGGAACCUGCCGACCUGGCAAAACCCCCAUCCAAAAAAAGAGGCAGAGCAGCUCAACCCAAGGAACCCAAGGCACCGAAGCCACCGAAAGUCCCCAAGGCACCGAAGCCACCGAAAGCCCCCAAGGAACCAAAACCACCGAAAGCCCCCAAGGAACCAAAACCGCCGAAAGUCCCCAAGGCGCCGAAGCCGCCGAAGGACCCAAAUGCACCUAAAGCCAAACCGGGUCCUAAACCCAAGAAGGGCGCCGAGGCUCAGGCAGAUGGCAAGCAAGAGAAGAUCGAUGAGAGCUUCAAAAAGGUCAAGAGGAAAAUUGACCGCUUCAAGGGAAUGUCCGAGGAGGAAGUCAUGACGAAAACUCUACCAGACCUGCUGGACUACAACCUGGACUAUGUUAUUAUUGGUAUCAACCCAGGGCUGAUGGCGGCUUUCAUUGGACGGUGGUUUCCAGGUCCUGGAAAUCAUUUCUGGAAGUGCCUCUUUCUGUCUGGGUUUACCGAUGAGCAACUCAACCACGUGCAUGACACCGUCCUACCUGUCAAGUACAAGAUGGGCUUCACCAACAUGGUUGCCAGGGCGACACCAGGGAGCAAAGACCUCUCAACUAAAGAGUUACGCGAAGGAGGAAAAAUUCUUGUCGAGAAGCUGAAGAAAUUCAAGCCUCUUAUUGCUGUUUUUAAUGGAAAAUGCAUCUAUGAAAUGUUCUGCAGAGAGAUGUUUGGCAAGAAACCAAAGAAACUUGAUUUUGGUCUGCAGCCGCACACGAUCCCCGACUGUGAAGUGGCUCUGUACCUGAUGCCUUCGUCCAGCGCUCGCUGCGCUCAGUUCCCUCGAGCUCAGGACAAAGUCCACUUCUACAUCAAACUGAGGGAGCUCAGAGAUCAGCUGAAGGGCGUCCAGAAACCCGCCGAGAUCGAGGAGACCGAUUACUCCUUCGACCUGUCGUUGGCUAAAGAGGCUGCCAAGAAGUCGGCGAUAAAGGAGGAGCAGUACGAUCCCGGUUAUGAAGAUGCUUUCGGUGGCGUGUAUGCAGAGAGAGGACCCGACGGGGAGGAGCCCCAACCGCAGACCAACGGCCACUGUACGUUCUCUACUGCGGAAAACACAGAGGCAUGCAAGAAAAGUUUUCUUUAAAGGAAUUAAAGGUAACACCGGAAGGAGCACAGGAGGCGACCACGUCGCAGAUCCCAGAAGGCCAGCUCCCGGACGGCCAGUGGAUGACCCAGUCGUUUGCAGAUCAGAUCCCAGACAUCAGCGGGGCACCAAAGGAAGGCAGCGCACAAUGAGAAGACUUCCGGUUUUUAAAAAAAAUAUUUUUAUUUUUUAUUAUUAGUGUCCGAGUGGAAUAUACACACAUAGAUGGGACUUCUUUUUUUUGUGUGUGUGUGUGUAGAGUUUUUGCAGAUUAUUCUCUCUGCAUUUUUUUUUGUUUGUUUGUGGUCUUGUACUAAGGUAUGAUCAUCUUCACGACAGUCUUUUUUUUUUUUAAAUAUGUAAAAUCAGGGACUUGACAAUGAUGCUCGACUGUCUUUUUGAAGAAGGUCAUGCAUGUAUUUAAACGGUGGUUUUUGCCUUUUUUGUACCGUACUGCACUAUGAUGCAGUAAGUGUAAACAUUCACGGCUACUGUUUGGACAGUAGAUACAAACUCCAGAUGAUUAUUUUAUAAGUUUUGAUCGAUCAGUGUGAGCCUUUUAUUGGCCUCUUAUGUGAACAUUCACGGUGCUACGAAGUGACCGCGAUGCAAAGUGAUCACUGGGUGAACUCGUCGUGCACGUUGGGAGAUUCCCACUGAGGGAAUAUUCCUGGCAAGCCUUUCAACAUCAUUAUACAGGUUAUAUUUUAAUCUUUUUUUUUUUUUUUUUUUUUUGCUUUUAGGAAUUUUAGAAUUUUACAUUUUGUAUGUUUUAUGAAAUUGUCAUUCGCAAGGAAUUUUAUGAAACGUGUCCAUUAAAAUGUCUUGAUGAUGCCUUU